CUAGCAUCUAUCUCUGCUUACAGGGCGUACACCACACACACACACACGCACUCGGAAGGACAGGAAGCUUUGCGUGCGCGUGUCAAUUCAUUCUUCUAGCAAGGCGUACACUGACAAUGUACCUUUUUUCCCUCAAAAAAGAAGAAGAAGCGAAUACCGGACGAAUGCUUGCGCGCGCGCCCAAAGGCUUAAGCAAGAAGCGUUGCACCUUCUUCUGUUUUCCGUCUUUUUGCAAUCCCUCCAACUUUUGACCACCAUCUACAUUUCAAACUUGCAUUGUCGGUCAUCCCUACAUACACAAAAUGCAGGUUCCCUUCCGUGCCGCAUUGCGCUCGGCAACGCGCUCUGCUCCUUCAGCAGCAUCGAUGUUGCACCGUCCUACCCCAAUCGCACGUUCUGCUUUGCGUGCUGGACCUUCAGCUUUCUCACGUAACUUUUCCGCAACCGCAACUGCAUUCAACUUGAACGGUGAAAUUCAAGCCGUCGUCGGACCAGUUGUCGAUUGUGUUUUCCGUGAUGCUGAAAAAUUGCCAGCAAUUUUGAACGCUAUCGAAGUGGAAAUGCCAAAGGGAUCCGGUCGUUUGGUUUUGGAAGUUGCUCAACAUUUGGGUGAAAACACUGUUCGUUGCAUUGCCAUGGACGGUACCGAAGGUUUAGUCCGUGGUCAAAAGGUCGUCGAUCAAGGUAACCCAAUUCAAAUUCCCGUCGGUCCAGGUACUUUGGGUCGUAUUAUCAAUGUCAUUGGUGAACCAAUCGAUGAACGUGGACCAAUCAAGGGUAACAAACAAGCCUCCAUUCACGCCGAACCACCAGAGUUCAUUGACCAAUCUACACAAGCAGAAGUCUUGGAAACUGGUAUCAAGGUCGUCGAUUUGCUUGCCCCAUACGCCCGUGGUGGUAAGAUUGGUUUGUUCGGUGGUGCAGGUGUCGGAAAGACUGUGUUGAUUCAAGAAUUGAUUAACAACAUUGCCAAAGCACACGGUGGUGUGUCUGUUUUCACUGGAGUUGGUGAACGUACCCGUGAAGGUAACGAUUUGUACCAUGAAAUGAUUGAAACUGGUGUCAUUAACCUUGAUGGUGAAUCCAAGGUGGCACUUGUGUUCGGUCAAAUGAACGAACCACCAGGAGCCCGUGCUCGUGUUGCUUUGACCGGUUUGACCAUUGCUGAAUAUUUCCGUGAUGAAGAAGGUCAAGAUGUCUUGCUUUUCAUUGACAACAUUUUCCGUUUCACCCAAGCUGGUUCUGAAACCUCUGCAUUGUUGGGUCGUAUUCCAUCUGCUGUCGGUUACCAACCUACUUUGUCCACUGAUAUGGGUGGUAUGCAAGAACGUAUUACCACAACCAAGAAGGGAUCCAUUACAUCCGUGCAAGCCGUUUACGUGCCUGCAGAUGAUUUGACCGAUCCUGCCCCUGCCACCACUUUCGCACACUUGGACGCCACAACCUCAUUGUCCCGUGGUAUUGCCGAAUUGGGUAUUUACCCAGCUGUCGACCCUCUUGACUCCAAAUCUCGUAUGUUGGACCCUGCCAUCGUUGGUAAGGAACACUACAACGUUGCUACCGGAGUGCAAAAGUUGUUGCAAGACUACAAAUCUCUACAAGAUAUCAUUGCCAUUUUGGGUAUGGAUGAAUUGUCAGAAGAAGACAAAUUGACCGUCGAACGUGCACGUAAGAUGCAACGUUUCAUGAGUCAACCUUUCGCAGUCGCCCAAGUUUUCACAGGUAUCGAAGGUCGUUUGGUCGCAUUGAAGGACACUGUCCGUGCAUGCAAGGAAAUCUUGGCCGGUCAACAUGACGCUCUUCCCGAAGGUGCUUUCUACAUGGUUGGUGGAAUUGAAGAAGCCCAAGAGAAGGCAUCAAAGAUGUCUAAGGAAUAAGUUGAUCGAUCGUUUGAAUGAUGAUUGGAAUGAUUUUAUAUAGUGCCUCUCGAUGCAUGCAUGCUAAACUUUAACAAAAAUUGGCUUUCUUGCCAUUACACUAGAAUGUCAAACCAUGAUCAUUGCAUCGCAUUCAUUUCUUUUUCCUCUAUACAAUACACAUCUUGUUUCUUACA